CUCCUCCAAAAAUGGUUCUAGACGUGGAGCGAAAGUUUCGCAUACCUUUGGGCCAAAAACAGUUCAAACUGGUAUGCCCAGUUAUUGCCAACGAUAAGGACAUGCUAAUGAUACAGUGGACGAAGAACGGAGAGCAGGUGGAAUGGGAUUCACGAUACAAGCUGGCAAAAGACGAUCGAGAACUUCGAAUGAAGUCGGUCAGGCUAGAUGAUAGUGGCAGAUAUCAGUGUCAAGCCACCAACGGUUUUGGCCAUCGAACAGUGGAUUUUACAGUUCAUGUUUACGAUCCGUCAGAAGACUCCAUAUCACUCAAAGAUGUCAUAGUUCUUGCUAAUUCGAGUAAGUUUAAACGAUACAUGUCAGAUUUGGAACAAAAACGUCCUUCCCUUUUACCGUAUUCCACUACUAGUACAGUGCACUUUGUCGUUACAGCAUCUGCUCCGGCGUGGCUGAUCGACAUGAACCUCGAUUGGUCCUCUCCUAUGCAAAUUAACCGAGGAGGUCGUAUGGAACUGCGUUGUCCAGCGCGAGGAAAUCCCUUGCCGGAAAUUCGAUGGUACAAGAACAACAUUCGGAUUACUACUGAUUCUCCACCUCACAUUGCCUCCUUUGUCGUAGAUCCAGCCGGGCUGGAUGACUCCGGGGACUACCGCUGCGUUCUCGAGAAUCGUCUAGGAUCGAUCGAGGCGAUCUUCAAAGUUACCGUUGGCGACUUUUUCGAUGACGGCAAGCGACUAGGAGCUCUUGACGGGCCAUCCGAACAGAUGCUUGAACCGAUAAUCGACCAGCCAUAUAACACCACCGUACGAGUUGGUCACACUGCCCAGUUCCUGUGCAAAGCGAAAUCUGCUCAAAGCCCGUUGAUAAAAUGGCUCAAAGAAGUAGAAGACCCAGACGCUGAACGACGACGCGAUCCAAACGCGACCGUAGUAAAUGCGAGCGGAAUGCACCUACUGGUUCUCGAACAGACCCAAGUCGAGUCCGUAUCUCGUGAUGGACCUGACCACCUAUAUACGAAUCGUCUGGUCAUACCAAUGGUGACAAAGGAACAUGCUGGCCGAUACAUCUGCGUUGUCACGAGCACGCAAGGACAUAUCGUCUACAAAGCCGCCCAAUUGAAUGUCGUUGCUGCCUAUGACUUCGGCUCAAUUGGUCUUGGAAUGGACAACUUCUGGUACUUUGUCAUCCCUAUUGCCGUUGUCUUCGUCGGUCUAGUUAUAGGGGCUAUAGCGUGGCUGCGAUGCAAUCAAGAGCCAUCUUCACCAAAAUGCCUGUCGAGUAAGCCGCCUCCACCGCCACGAAUUCCACCUCCAGUGGCACCUGCUGAAUAUCCGGGCAGUGCACAUCAGUUCUCACAGGAAUACUGUAUAGAGAAAACUAGGUCACCGAUCAUCUUGAACAAUUCGAUGUUCCACCAGAAGUAUCCGAUGGGCAUCGCCACCCUUGAUCGCAGCAGCAUUCAACGAGCUCAACGAGGCAUGGACGAGAUGUCAAAUCUGUACGAUAACAGUUCACCACAGCCUUACUGGACUCAACAGAUGAUUCAUCGGCCAGUUGCCAAUUCGAUUUAUACGGCUAAUUCCGGCAAUUAUCGAACGCUGGAGGUUGGAUAUCCUCAUAGUCGCAAUUAUCCGUCGAUGUGUAGCGAUGAGUAUUCGGAACAGGAACAACCGUUUAUCACCUACAGAAGAUGA